AUGAAACUCGUAAUGGGCGUAUGUCUGCUAGCAAGGCUUACCAAUGCAGCGUCUCUCAACGUUACGCUCCAGAUGAUUGGCAACACUGCAAUUAAAGUCAUGACCACCAACAACGGCGGCGAAGAUCUUAAAGUCUUGAGGACUGGUACUUUUCUGGAGAGUACGGCUACAGAAAAAGUAGAAGUGUUCCAAUCUGGCUCAAGGGUUCCUUUCGAUGGCAUCCGUCUGCUCGUUUCAACUGCAUCGCUGGACGAAGAUGCUUUUCAGACUAUUCCAGUCAAUGAAAUGAUCGAAACGGAGUUCGACAUCUCUCAUAUGCACGAUCUUAGUGCUGGGGGUGUCUUUCAAAUUAUUGCAAACGGUGCAUUAUCUUAUGCUAGUGCUGGCAGUACUGCAAUCGCCGGCAUCGUUCCCUAUACGAGUAACAUAAUUUCAAGUCAUAUAAACGGAUCCCAAGCGCAAGCUGCGCGCAAAGCCUUCCUCGAAAAACGCACACUAUUGCAGUCCGAUUGUACUGGGACAAACUUGACCACCCUGAGAACCACAAUUGAUAAUUGUGCGUUAUGGGCUACUCGGGCAAAAGAAGCCGCAACCGCUGGAACCCGACUUGUUGAGUAUUUUAAGAGCAACUCGUCAUCCGUCAGUGGUACUGUCUCGGAAGUAUUUGAGAAGAUCGCCGCGGAGUGCAAUCCUACCUCUGGCAUCUCUAAGACUUACUGCUCAGACAGGUAUCCAAACUGUGUACCAGGAGUGUUGGCUUACGCAAUCCCUUCUCAAAGCUAUAUCGCUUAUUGCGAUCUAUUCUUUACCUUGCUUCCGGCUGUCACGCAGGAUUGCCAUGCACAAGACCAGGCAGGCACAAUGGUGCACGAGUUCACUCAUCUUGAUCAGAUCAAGGGGGCCAAUGAUUAUGGAUCCUAUGGCUAUAAAGCUGUCCAAGCAUUGCCGGCCGACAAAAACAUUAAUCAUGCAGAUACCUAUGCGCUAUAUGCUCAAGCUGUGAUGCUGGAUUGCGACUAA